CCAGCGCUGCGCACAAGAGCACAGCAACCACAUCGCUCCCAGAGGAAAGGAGAGCGCAUCACAGCUACAGAUCGCCAUUUAGCUGUAGUGUGGUGAAUCCGAUCAGCGUUGUAGGAUGCCUCUUGGAGAGGACGGAAACGGAUGGAAAAAGAAGACAUCGGACAUCAAAGAACAUUAUGACUUCAAAGAGGUGUUGGGAACGGGUGCGUUCUCCGAGGUGGUUCUAGCGGAGGAGAAGAGGACUCAGCGGCUGGUGGCCAUCAAGUGCAUCCCCAAGAAAGCCUUGGAAGGCAAAGAGAACAACAUCGAAAAUGAGAUCGCAGUACUACACAGAAUCAAGCAUCCCAACAUUGUUUCGCUGGAGGACAUCUUUGAAAGCACAUCCCACCUAUAUCUUGUCAUGCAACUGGUGUCUGGAGGCGAGCUGUUCGACAGAAUCGUGGAGAAAGGUUUCUACACGGAGAGAGACGCCAGCCAGCUCAUCCACCAGAUCCUGGAUGCAGUCAAAUAUCUCCACGACAUGGGCAUCGUCCACCGAGACUUGAAGCCGGAGAAUUUGCUCUAUUACAGCAUGGACGAAGACUCCAAGAUCAUGAUCAGUGACUUCGGCCUGUCGAAGAUCGAGGGCGCGGGCAGCGUCAUGUCCACAGCCUGCGGUACUCCCGGAUAUGUGGCUCCCGAGGUGCUCGCUCAGAAGCCGUACAGCAAAGCGGUGGAUUGUUGGUCCAUAGGAGUCAUUUCUUAUAUUCUGUUAUGUGGAUAUCCUCCGUUCUACGACGAGAACGACGCCAAGUUGUUUGAGCAGAUUCUGAAAGCGGAAUAUGAGUUUGACUCUCCGUACUGGGACGACAUCUCCGAUUCAGCCAAAGACUUCAUCUGUCACCUGAUGGAAAAAGACCCCUUGAAGAGGUACACGUGUGAGCUGGCCCUGCAGCAUCCAUGGAUAUGCGGCGACACGGCUCUGGACAAGAACAUCCACGAAUCCGUCAGCGCACAAAUCAAGAAGAACUUCGCCAAAAGUAAAUGGAAGCAAGCGUUUAAUGCCACAGCGGUGGUGCGCCACAUGAGGAAGCUGCAGCUGGGCACCAGUCUCGAGGGACCCAGUCAGAUUACUCCCACCAGUCCCUGCCACGGACAUCUGCUCCCGGAGGAGGAGGAGGAGGAGGACGACGAUUUGGGCAACGGGGAGGAGGAGAGCUUGUCGCACUACGAGGACGGCCGUCGCGGCAGCAACGAGGGCAGCACGGAUCGGGACAGCCUGAGAAGCUGCACCUACUGCUGCAGGCCAGCCAGUCGCAUCUGAGCACAACCUCCUGUUGUCAUGGUGACAUUGUGUCCCUGGAGCGCCCAGAGCCCGUCCGCCCAGUCUGGCCAGGAAUGCAGAGUAGAUAUCAGGCAGUGUCCGCCAGAGUACAUCCACAGCCAGCAGGUCACUGUUACAGUGUGCUCCAAACACACUGUAAGUCUUUGUCCAGAAAAAAAACAACAACAACAGCAACAAAAAAAAAAGCACUUCAUGACUAAAAGAUACACACAUUGUUGGAGAAUGGUAUGCAAGGCUGCCUCACAUAGACAGGAAGUUUGGCUUUUUUGAUUUUAAGGGGUCUAACUGUGUGAUUGUCCUCUAGUAACCCCUCCACCAGUGGAACACGGUGCAGCUAUAGCAGAGUGUGGCCAUUUGGCAGUGUGUGCAUUACAAGAAGUGGUUCUGGAUGUGAGGAUCUAAGCUCCUGGAGCUUUAAUCAGAGGUGAGGCAGUGGCCUAAAGGCAAUCUCCUCCAUCCUUUUUGUUCUCACAUUAUCUGUCACAUCUACCUCUAAUCACAAUUCCUGCGUGCCCACAUCCAUCUGGCCCACUCACUUUACUUGACUGGCAGCUUUCUCCAAAAAAUCUGGCCAGACAGGGCAAAAAAGAAAAGGGAAAAUACUCGUGCUGAAAGCUACUCCUGCAUGUCUUUAUGCUCUUUACGCAUCCAAGUGACUCUUUCCAGUCACCGACCAAGUAGCCGUUUAGUUGAAUAUAGUUAAUCUCAAGGUGUGUCCGUCUCCACCGCUGACUCCGUUCAUUUCCGUUUGAUCGCCCUCUUCAUCCUCACACUGUCAUCAUUGAGUGUUUCUGUGUUUUUCUAAGUAUUUACUCCUUUUGUUUAAAGCCUUUUUGGAAAGGAGAUACUUGAGAGUGAUUCUGGGGGUUAUGGACUCUAUAUUCUGGCUCAGACUGGGUUUGCGAAGGGUGGUUCUGACCCAAAGUGUCUGCAUGCUUCUGUUGGGGGGAAAAAAGAUUGAAAUGUUUGAAUAUCAAAAGGAGACUCUUUUUGUUUGUUUGUUUUUUAUGGCUGUUCUGUUAUCAGAGGCUCAAACUGAGAUCCCCCAAAAAGUGUGUAAAAUGGCAGGAUUCUCACCUCCCCUCCGCCGGCGCCCGUCGUGUUCGGAGAGCUGCUUUGAAGGUGCCGUUUUUACUGGGAAUUCGCUGUGUGUGGGAAGAAAACAAUCAUAUCCAUGUCGCGCUCAUCCUUCCCGUUCUGUUUCUGACAAGUGUCUAAACAGCCGCCAGCUGUCAGUCUCCGGGUCUGGCUCUCGCUGAGUCGCAGGGAUCUCAGUCUGGGCGCUCCGCCUGCUCUGUGCUGUGCACCUCUAGUGGAAGAAGUUUUGGUCUACUGUUUGCAUGACCUGGUUAAAUAUGUUUACAUGAAUGAUGAUCAAUUAGUAUAAACUCACAUGAUUAUUAUUACUCUGUUGUAUUGAAAAAUGAUGUAAUACUGUAAUUUUGAGCUAUAUAAUGUGAAGUGAGUAACACCAGAAGUAAUGUUGUUGACAAAAUACAACACAGCACAGUGGACUUAUCAUUUGCAUCGACUACGUAGGCCGAGUCUCUACCUGAGCGACCUACUUCUUCUUUUUUACUCAUUCUGAUUUUUUGCUGUUGUAGACUCAUUCACUCCUAGCUGACACCCAGACACAAGUAGAGAAAAAAACAACACACACAUAUCAGCCACAGUGCAAAAUAUAUGUAGAAAAAAAAAAAAACCCGUCACGGUGCUGGAAACAUCACCCGUCUGCCAGUGUGCGAGCUCUACACCUGUCCUCCUGAGUAAAAAGCCAUACGGGGAAAUGGGAAGGUUUUAUUGUAGAUUCAGAUAUGUAUUCAUCUUUUAAAUGCACGACUCAGAUGAAGGACGACUGUGACUCUGAAAGGGAUUUAAUAUAGUGAUAAAACAUCUCUCCUCUGACAACUAGCUGAAACUCCCUUAAUCCUGAUACCGAUCAUAACGUGCCAUUAUUAAAUUAAAGUGUGUCACGACGUGUUGUGUUCUGUUAGCUUUAAACAUCCACCGAACCAUCGACCAAGUCACCGUAGCUGAAUUGAAAUAUGUUUUGUUUGCACAUAAACCUAGUUUUCCUCCACUUAACACUGAAACAAACAAGUCCAUAGUACAGAAAAAGAAGGCAAUCACUCUGGAUUUACAUGACUGUAAUUGUGGAAAAUAUGCAAACUGUGUUUGAAGGGCUUCAUGUUAACUGUAAGAUAGCCAACGUUGAUGACUUUGAUAACCUGGCUAUUAUAUGUUUGGUAAUGACCUUCUGUUCAACCUUUCCUGGGAUUUGUUUCCACUUGGCUGUGUUUUUUCGUUUUUUAAAAAAAAGCUUAUAUUACCCAUUACAAACACAUCUAAAUGCAUAAAGAAACACAUGUAUAUUAUAUAUAUAAAUAUAAGUAUAUAUUGUAUAUCCUUUUUUGUAAAAGCUGUUUUGAGCUACAAAUGUAUGGAUGCAAUGCAUCAUGGGUUAUUGAACAAGACGGAAGAAAAUACGAUUUGUACCCACAAAGAUUGCAGGAAAUGAAAUAAAACUUCCUUGUCUAUG